UAAGCUUAAUUCUUCAUUUGCUUCUUCUCAUCAAUCAUCAAAGCAACAAACAAAAAUGGUCAAAAUUUUCCAAGCCACCUUCUGCAUUUUGCUAUUAGCCCUCUCAUUUGACUAUGCUAAUUCAGCAAGAAUCCUUCAUGAAGUGAGCUCAGAUGAACCCGUUGUGGCUCCUGUGGUGGCCCCGGCCACCACAUUGCCAAGUGGCCACCUCCCGGCUACAGCCAACACUCCUAACUCGGACGAGGCACCAAUAGAUGAUGAUUCUUCUAUUCCUGCAACCACGGUGGCUCCUUCAGCUGAUUCUCCAGUCGAACCUGAGCCCAUAGCUCCUUCAGCAGAUUUGCCAGCCGAACCUGAGCCAGACAUGGCCCCUGUCGUGGCCCCUAAUGCUCCAGUAGCUCCUGUUGCUGAUGCAGCAACAGAUAACACUGGAGAAGCACCUGUUGCUAACGUGGCACCCGGAGCAGCAGCAGCUGCCUCUGGUGCUACUGUGGCAAAUCCUGUUUUGGACCACUCAAAAUUCUCCUUCUUCAUGCAUGACAUUCUAGGUGGCACGCACCCUUCGGGACGUGUAGUCACAGGAAUUGUAGCCAGCUUGGAUGCCAACAAUUUACCUUUCUCCAAGGCCAACAAUCGCGUCUUUCCAAUAGACGGUGGAGUUCCCCUCAACAACAUCAACAACAUCGUCAACAGCAACAACUACCCUUUCCUAGCAGGCCUAAACGGACAACAACAAUCCAACAACGUCCUCCAAAACACGGGCAACAACAACAUUGUCAAUAGUGAGGACAACCAACCUUUCGUCUCAGCUGGGCAACUUCCUAAUGGUUUUUCCCUUCAACAACUCAUGUUCGGAUCCAUAACUGUCGUGGACAACGAAAUAACCGAAGGGCACGAAUUGGGAUCAUCAAUUCUUGGUAGAGCACAAGGAUUUUACCUGACAAGCUCGUCCGAUGGGACGAGCCACACGCUAGCUUUGACAACUCUGUUCCAUGGACAUGAACAUGAAGUGGAUGAUACUAUUAGCUUCUUUGGAAUUCACAGGACCGCGACACCGAUUUCUCACAUUGCUAUCAUUGGAGGUACUGGGAAGUAUGAGAAUGCAAAAGGUUAUGCUACAAUUGAGACUAUGCCUCAUGUGGAUCAACAUACAACUGAUGGUGUUGAAACAAUUACACACUUCACUGUGUACAUUACCCCUUAAAAAAGAGUGUUUCUCCUAGAGAAGGGGCUUAUUUAAUUUUCGCUAUGUUUGGUUUUCUGUAUUUCUGAUUCCUUCACUUUCAGUUGAUGUACUUUCUUGUUAUGGCAUGGUUAAAUAUUCUGAUUAAUGUUAUUUUAUAUAUGAAAGAUCUUUUAC